AGAGAAGAGACAAGCGUGUUUUUCGUCCAAUCCGCGGUCAAACAGGCAACAUCUGUGCUUAGCAAGCGGACAAUACAGAAGACUGCAUCUGUGCUUGACUUUAAAGGAGUUAAAACCAUCGAGGACUAUAUUGCUAGAAAGGAGGUGAGGAGAGGGGAAGCGGCGAGGAACUUCCUCUUCCUGAUCACUAAUCGGAGGAAGAUGGGGUGUGGGGAUGAUUUUGUGCUCUUUCCGGAUUGAAGCAGCAGCUGGAAGUGGUGUUUCUUCAUUCUUCCAGAGCUGAGCAAAUACAAUCCCUGCUGCUGUUACUACAUGCAAUGAUGCUGUUUGGAACAAGAAGAGCAGUUUUGGUAAACUCUUCAUUUUCACAGUAGCUAUUCUUCCUAACACUGAUAGUUAAAAGAGGAUGGGAAGAAGAGCACUCUGGACAGCUAAGAAUAACAAGCAACAUUGAAAAGGAAAUCAAACAGAGUCAGAAAUCAAAGUAUUUUCCAUUUCCUUCAGAAAACCACACAAUUGUCCUCCUCCUCCAGCAGCUCUUAGAAAAAAAGAGAGAAAAUCAAGAAAGAUUUCAAACUGGAAUAAGUAGAUUAUUCAGAACUCAACGAUUCAUUACAUGAAAAGUGAAGGGAAAUUAUUUUUCAUUCAGUAAAAGAGAGAAAUAUCUGGAAGUAAGUUGGAGGAAAAGGUGAGUAGGAAAGUCAGGUAGAGCAGAGAGCCAUGCAGGCCUCGCCCUGUGAGGAAGAAAACGGAUUGAAUGAAAGCACCACUAAACAAGGGAUUGUCCGUAUUUUUUACUUCCUCAAGAAUAUCAGCUGUGGAAAAGCUCCGUGCUUAUGUUUAUUGUUGGAAAACCACAGAUUGCAAAUCACAACUGAUUAUGCACAAGAGGAGCAAUACAACAGAAAAGCCAUACAAAUCAUCUGAUUCUGGCAAAACCUUUAGUUUAAUGAAGGACCCACAGAAGAGGAAAGCCAUAAAAGCACUCCUAGUGCAGUAAAUGCUUUAGUGAGCAUGGCAGCGUGGUGAUACAUCAGAAGAUUCACAGCAGGGAGAAAACGUAUGACUGUACUGAUUGUGUGAAAGUUUCAUUAGAAAUUCCCAUGUCAUGAGACACCAUAGGACUUGCAGAGGAGAGAAACCCUUUGAAUGUCCUCAUUGUGGAAAAUGUUUCAGUAAGAAUUCCAACCUGGUGACACACCAGAGGACUCACUCAGGAGAGAAACCCUUUGAAUGUCCUAUCUGUGGGAAAAGUUUCAGUCACAAGUCCAACCUGGUGAUACAUCAGAGGACUCACACAGGAGAGAAACCCUUUGAAUGUCUUGAUUGUGGGAAAAGUUUUAGUGAGAAUUCCAGCCUUGUGAAACACCAGCGGACUCACACGGGAGAGAAACCCUUUGAAUGUCUUGAUUGUGGGAAACGUUUCAGUGAGAAUUCCUGCCUUGUGAAACACCAGAGGACUCACACAGGAGAGAAUCUCUUUGAAUGUCCUGAUUGUGGGAAAAGUUUCACUAUCAAUUCCAACCUGAUGAUACACCAGAGGACUCAUUCAGGAGAGAAACCCUUUGAAUGUCCUCAUUGUGGGAAAGGUUUCAGUGACAAGUCCAACCUGGUGAUACACCAGAGGACUCACACAGGAGAGAAACCCUUUGAAUGUCCUAUCUGUGGAAAAAGUUUCAGUCACAAGUCCAACCUUGUGAUACACCAGAGGACUCACACAGGAGAGAAACCCUUUGAAUGUCUUAAUUGUGGGAAAAGUUUCAGUCAGAAUUUCAGCCUUGUGAAACACCUGAGGAUUCACACAGGAGAGAAACCUUUUGAAUGUCCUGAUUGUGGGAAAACUUUCAGUGAGAAUUCCAGCCUUGUGAGACACCAGAGGACUCACACAGGAGAGAAACCCUUUGAAUGUCCUGAUUGUGGGAAAAGAUUCAGUCACAAUUGCAGCCUUGUGAAACACCAGAUGACUCACACAGGAGAGAAACCCUUUGAAUGUCCUGAUUGUGGGAAAAGAUUCAGUCAGAAUUCCAGCCUUGUGAAACACCAGAGGAUUCACACAGGAGAGAAACCCUUUGAAUGUCCUGAUUGUGGGAAAAGUUUCAAUCACAAAUCCAGCCUGGUGACACACCAGACGACUCACACAGGAGAGAAAUAUUUUGAAUGUUCUAUCUGUGGGAAAAGUUUCAGUGGGAAUUCCCACCUGGUGAUACACCAGAGGACUCACACAGGAGAGAAACCCUUUGAAUGUCCUGAUUGUGGAAAACGUUUCAGUGAGAAUUCCAGCCUUGUGGCACACCGGAGGAUCCACACAGGAGAGAAACCUUUUGAAUGUCCUAUCUGUGGAAAAAGUUUCAAUCACAAAUCCAGCCUGGUGACGCACCAGAGGACUCACACAGGAGAGAAACCCUUUGAAUGUCCUGAUUGUGGGAAAGGUUUCAUUGAGAAUUCUAGCCUUGUGAAACACCAGAGGACUCAUGCGGGGAGAAGUCUUUCAAAUGUCCAGUCUGUGGACAUUCCUUCACUCAUAAAUCAUCCCUUAUUGCACACGAGGAAAUCCACAUGAGGCAAAAGUUGAAGAAUUUAGAAAAGGCUUGAAAUUCAUUUGUGAUCUCCCAAUGAAACUGUAUGUGAGAAAUUGACUA